GCUAUAAAUAAGACCCAUUUCCAUUUCGCAAUUUACAAAACCCUGCAUAUCCAUUUCGCUGAGAACUUUCAUCGAACACCAUGACAUCCCUCCCAAGCAUCAACAACGACGAUUCAUCCUCCACCAUCACCCACCUCGAGAAUCUCUUACUCGAAACCCUGAUGAAAAAAAUUCAACUUCACGAUCCAGACAACGUCAAUGACGACAACAGCCCUUCCCGAAAAUCCUUCGAGGAUUUCCUUUUUGGCUCUGACGAUGACGAAGACGACGCUCCCUGUACUUACCAGGAGGCCGGGCAGAAAGCAAUUCAACGCGAAGAGUCGAGAGUCGAAGGGGAGAUUAUCAAGCUGAUUGUCAGUGGAGAAGGGGAUAAGCUGAAGGCAAAUUCCGGUGAAGCGGUUACGAUUCGGGAGAGUAGUAUUUGUGUUGGGUGUCAUGAUGAUGAGGAAGGGGAGUAUGUUGUGUGGGAAUGGCAUGGGCAUAUUAUGGGGUAUAGUGAUGAUCAUGGGUUUUCGCCUGAGUAUAUUUAUGGGAAUUAUUUUCAGAGGACUGCGCCAAAACCUUUGGUGCGUCCUUAUUCAUCACCAGUUGGAGAUGAAGAUGAAGUUGAUGAUGAAGCUGAUGUUGUCAGUAUGGGUUUGAAAGAUUUGAUUGCUGAUGUUGACACUGAUGCUGAUGAUGCUGCUCCUGCUAGGAUUCUUCAUCGCAGUCUCAAUGCUGGUUCUGCUCCUCCAAGGUUCUAAGAAUUCCGGCGUUGAAAUUUCAAGUUUGAUGGGUUGCAAGCGGAGGUCGUAACCAUCAUUUUCAUUCCCUUUGAGAAGCAAAGAUUAUUUUUCCCAUUUUCACAGUGCAAAUCUCAAAAUUAAGAUUGCAUCUGUUUGUGUACUCGAGCUUUAAAAUCAUACUUGUAAAGGAUGCGAGACAUGGUUUUUUAUUUUUGGAUACAACCAGACAUGGUUUUUUAUCAACUCAUUAUCUUUGCUUGGCCAAUUAAUAAUACAUCCUUUUUAUACUGGUCCA